UAUUCUUGUUUUUAAUGGCAUCAACGCGCAUGCACGCAAGCGGGAUGAAUCUGCAACUUUUAGAUCGGCAGCUGUCGCAUAUAGGCACCGAGGUGGAUUUUUGGUUAAAACAAACGGUACAGUUAAAGCUAGCGAAAUCGGAACCAUUAAACGGAACGAAUGCCGGAAAAACUAUGCCGGGAAUCGGGAUACAGAACGGGUCAUCGGGCUUUACGCGCGACCUGCCGUACUACGAGCCCAAUGCGAAAAUGCUGCAGGCCCAUACAAACAAUUUUAUGGACGACGAUUUGACCGACAAUGACGCCAUCUUUGCGCAUUAUUUGAGCACCGAGAAGUUGGAGUUUUACAAUGCGUCCUCGGUGAUGCUGACUCUGCUUACUAUCGAGGAUGUGACUACAAUGAAGCUGUACUCGCAGCUCAUCGAGCCGGAUGUGGCAGUUCAUAAAGUACAUAGAAAUGCAUUUCGUGUCGCUCUCACUGCUAGAGAUUCUGUCAAUGCCGAGGAAGUGGUGUCCCCGGGAAUCGAUGAGGUUGUCUUGAUACCCAAGUGUAGUUUAAUGGCCUCGCCGCUGCCAAAGGAGCUCAUAUCGGCCCUGUUUCCACAUCCGCAUGAGCAAUUGCCUCUUAAAGAUCCGAUGCGCCGCCAUGUGGCCAGUGUGGAACAGGUCUGCCGCACCAGUGUUCACUUCAAGUUCAGUAAGGAAAAACUUCCAGACGUCAAUGUGUUGCAGUCGCAACGCUUUCAUGUAAUUCUCCGCUCCACGCGUAUUCCGUUUCGCUUUAUGUACCGCGCUGUCAAUAUGCUCCCGGAGAUGCCAGGUCUCCGUCGUUACCUCUUUCCCUUUCCGAAUUGGCUAACCACAAUGAUAGAAACUUCGAAGAUUUCAUUGCAUGACUGCAAUCUUCCAUCUUGGAUGCAAAUCCAACCGCCGCCCCCGCAAGCUCCUCCAGCACAUAUUUGGCUGCUGAACGAGACCAUAGGCUACAAUGAAGAACAGUUGGAGGCGGUGCAGACGAUUGUGGCUGGACCCAAUCCCAAAGCUCCAUUUAUAGUGUUCGGACCACCAGGCACUGGCAAGACCACUACCAUUGUGGAGGCCAUUCUACAGGUGCGCCUUCGACGACCGCAAAGCCGCAUCCUUGUAGCAGCCGGUUCGAACUCGGCCUGCGACACGAUUGCCAUGAAACUGUGCGAGUAUAUCGAAGGAAACUUUCGGCUCAUGUUUUUAAGGGAAAAGGCGCUGAUCCGAAUCUAUUCACGCAGCAUAUUCAAGAAGGGACUGAAAUUGGUGCCGCCCUUGCUGCUGAAGAACUCCAAUUGCUCGGACCAUUUGUUCAGGCAUCUACGAGUGCGUAAUGUGAUUACGUAUACCAUCAUCGUGGCCACAUUGGUUACUGUCGGCCGCCUGGCUAACGAUGGCUUUGGUGACUUUUUCACCCACAUAUUCAUCGACGAGGCUGGAGCUUCCACCGAGCCGGAGACUAUUAUGGGCAUUGUGGGUGUUAAAAAGAACAGAGAUUGUCAUGUAAUUCUGUCCGGAGAUCACAAGCAGCUGGGAGCAGUGAUCAAAAGCAGCCGGGCUGCGUCCCUUGGCUUGAAUCAAUCUCUCAUGGAGCGUCUACUGGCAUCGGAUUGCUACAAGGUAGACGAGAACGGCAACUACGAUCGCACCCUUCAGGUGCGUCUGCGUCGUAACUAUCGGUCACAUCCCGAGAUCGUACGUCUUUUUAACGAGCUCUACUACGGCGGAGAGCUAAUCGCAAAGGCUCCGGACGAACAAGUCAACCUUGCCGCUGAAUGGGAUGUGCUGCCCAAUGGCCAGUUCCCCAUCAUCUUCCAGGCCACACAUGGAGCCACCGAAAAGGAGGAGCACACCACCAGCUCCUUCAAUUCGCUGGAAGCAAAGGUUCUGUGCUGGUACGUCAAGCGCUUGAUAAAAAAUGGCCUUGGCCCAAAUAUAGAAGUAAAGCAGGAAGACAUCGGUGUGGUGGCUCCAUACACGUCUCAGGGCAACCUAAUCAUUCGGAAGCUUAAGCGGCAGGGCCUCGGCAAUGUGGAAGUUGGCAGCGUGGAGACCUAUCAGGGCAGAGAGAAGCUCAUCAUCAUUGCCACUCUGGUGCGUUCGUUCAGCAAUAUGGGGUUCAUGCGUAACCCGCGUCGCAUCAAUGUGCUCAUUUCGCGACCCAAGGCGCUGCUCAUACUGAUUGGUAAUCCCGUCACUCUGCGCCAUCAUCCCGACUUCAAGUUCAUCAUUGAUGAGUGCAUCCAACAUCAAACGUAUCUCUUCAAAAAGAGAGAUUCAUUGCACUCCGUGGUAAAACAUGUGGCUAUAAGCGAUUUGGAAGAUGGCAAAAAUGUGAACACUGCAAAUCCGAAAAAAGCCUUAGUUAAAGCCAAGCAAGUGAUCCCAGAAAUGGAUAAAAUCUCCACAGCCAUCUGUGCCAUGAUGAAUGCUUUAAAUAUAUCAUAGAGCUGCGCUCUUCCCUAAUCUAAAUCAAACAGAAUCUUCUAGAGAUAUAAGCUAGGACUAACGGCUGCCGUACCCUGAUAAUUAUAAGUGCAAGACCCAGAGACUGCCUAGAACAUUCCUAAAGUACGCAUCUGUUUGUAACCAUUUACUUUAAUUUUUUUUUUUAUUUUAUUUGUAUUAUUUGUCUAUCUGUAACAGUGGGCUGCUCUUGCUCUUGCGGUCUUUAAAAGCUGUAAUAAGCGCUCCAUUUAUUUCACUGUAAACGAAAGGAAAAGAAUAGGUAUUAUUUGAGAAAUUCCUCGGACCGGAUGAGUCGUUCCCAUGAAUGGAUGUCGUUUGGUACGCUCAACCGGAUUGAUAGUCAGAUGCAAUUGUGUAAGCAUUAUCAUUUAGAGUAUAUAUAUUUAAGCAGUGUCUCUAUAUAAUUAGUAAUCAGAUUAUAAAGAAUACAAUACAAUGGAGUUGCUGCGUUAGUUUUCGAAAAAUGUUUAAAAAUAGUUACGAUCUUGCUUGCGGAGGAGCCUGUCAUUCAUUUAAUUUUUUUGUCCAUCGCCUAUCGUAUAAAUUCGUUCAGUCUUUGUUAAUCAACAAUUUUACUUUUUUAAAGUGAUUAAUGGUUUACGUUUGUUUUGAGUCAGAGAAAUGUGCUCUUAACGAGAAAUGCAAAGUUAAUUAGAGAAACCUCAAUUUAAUGAACUUCUUCUGCAAUGACUGUCUCCUUUCGUUCGAUAUAAAAAUUUGUGUUCGCAUUUUUGGUUUAUAAUAAAAUAUAUAUAUUAAA